CUUUUCAAAGUGGCUGUAUGUGUAGUAAAAUGCAGUAUUUAUUGAGACAGUUGUGUUUUUGUGAAUGCUCAAGUUAUUUGAAUCAACUUAUGGAGUAGGCUAUUGCCAACUAUUUUGAUGAUGGCUUUAUCGAGAAACACUUACAUUUCAUGUGUUAGAGCCUUCAGUUCUGCAAGUAUAUUGCAAUAUUCUGCAGAAGUUCCAUUUACCGCAGACCAAUAUUCAAUCAAAAGAGGUGCGUUUGCGGAACUGCGAGAUGUUCAUUUGCAACAUUUCCAAAAACUUCUGCAGCCAGGACAAGUUCUUACAGACCCCAGUGAACUCAGGUCCCACAACACCGACUGGUUUAAACAUUUUAGAGGAAAUGGAAAAGUUAUUUUGAAACCAAAGAAUACAGAAGAAGUUUCAGCAAUAUUAAAAUUCUGCUACACCGAAAACUUGGCAGUUGUUCCACAAGGCGGUAAUACAGGUGUAUUGGGUGGAAGCGUCCCAAUAUUUGAUGAAGUAAUCAUUUCUACAUCAUAUAUGAACAAGAUAAUACAAAUUAAUGAAAUACCAGGAAGCAUAGUAUGCCAGGCAGGCUGUGUGUUGGAGACAUUAGACAAUGCCUUGGCAGAUCACGGACUGAUGAUGCCUCUAGACCUCGGGGCCAAGGGCAGUUGUCACAUUGGAGGCAACAUCGCCACCAAUGCUGGAGGUCUGAGACUGCUGCGCUACGGCAGCCUGCAAGCUAAUACACUCGGCCUUGUUGCGGUGAAGUCUGAUGGUCAAGUGAUAGACUGCAUGAACACCCUCAAGAAGGACAACACUGGUUAUCAUCUGAAACACUUGUUUGUCGGCUCAGAAGGAACUCUUGGAUUAGUCACUGAGGUUGCAAUCCAGUGUCCUCCAAAACCUCAAUCUGUCAGUUUGGCACUACUAGGAAUGAAAACCUUUGACCAUGCUCUACAGUGUUUUCGGCUAGCAAGAAGUCUGCUAGCUGAAGUGAUAUCUUCUUGCGAAGUGAUGGAUUAUGAAUCUUUAUCUCAAGUCACUAAAAAGUUGAGGGUUUCCAGCCCUUUGGAUGAUCAUCCGUUUUACAUUCUACUUGAGGUGUCUGGUUCCUGUCGUAGUCAUGAUGAAGAGAAACUUAAUAGUUUCCUACAGAAGGCCCUUGACAGUGGAACCAUCAAUGAUGGUCUGGUCACCAACGAACCAUCAAAGAUGAAUAAGCUGUGGCAGCUCAGAGAGCGUAUUCCAGAAGCUUUGUUUACCGACAGUUAUGCUUACCUCUACGACAUCUCUCUACCCCUAGACAGCUACUACCAGAUAGUACCUGAAUUGAGAACUCGGCUACAAGGCACCGAGGCCACUGAUGUCACUGGCUUUGGACACCUGGGUGAUGGGAAUCUGCACCUGAACAUCUGUGCGCCUCAGUUCAGCCCAGAGCUGCUGGCCAAGAUAGAACCGUUUGUCUUUGAGUGGAUAAGUGAGCGAGGAGGCAGCAUCAGUGCUGAACACGGCAUCGGCUUCAAGAAGACCGAGUUCUUACGAUACUCCAAGUCUGACGCAGCCAUCCACACCAUGAGGCAGAUGAAACAGCUCAUGGAUCCCAAGGGGAUUCUCAACCCUUACAAAGUUCUGCCUGUGGAAUUGUUUUGAUAGUGGAAAUGAUGCUUAAGCUGGGUUUACACGAGCAGGGGAGACAAUUUUCAGAAGACAACUGACUGGCAUGAAAUUAUUGGCUUCGUGUAAACACUGUGGGCCAAUUCACAAUCAUCCUGAAAUUCAGUUGCCUCCAGGGGUGGACUGAGAAUAACCAGCAGGACAACUGGCCUCUGACCAUCCCGCAAUCGGUGAAAAUAACUUUCUCACAAACUGGCAUCGUGUAAACCAGGCUUUAGGGAUCAGCUGGUCUAGGUACUAAAAAAUAUUCAUUUUCAGUCUGUUUUCAUCACUCCGUACAGAAAGUAGCUAUUUUUGAUAACAGCUAAUAUGAAAGAAAGUAAAUUUAACAAGCUCUAACUGACUUUCCCUUGCCCUAAAUAAGUUCUCCAUUUGUCCAGUAUUUGUUUAAAAUGUAUACAUUAAAAUCAGCUGUUUUUGUUUUUAAUGAUUAACAAUAUAAAUGAAACCAGAAAUAUGCAUAGCUGUGUUAUACCAAGGCCCCACUAGAAAAAACAGGCCAUGCUGCAGCGCGGGUAGCGCAACACUACGUCACAGUGGUGGAUAGUUAUACUAAACUCUUACCAUUAAAAUCUUACAAACAGCCAGCUUGUUUAUUUACCUAAAACAUAUGGGAAUGGUGAUGGCAAUGAAUUUAUCAAUGAAAUCUAUCCACUAGUGUGACGUCACGGAUCCUGCAGCAUGGCCUGCUUUUUCUAGUGGGGCCUUGGUUAUACCUUAUUGUAGAUGGUUACUGCAUAAUAAACAUUACCUUGAACUUCUUAAUUUUAUGAUGUUAUUUAAGGUUUUUUUAGGUUUGUUAUAACCUUUUAGCUUUUAUUUUUAUAUUAAAAUAAUGUUA